AUUUUUAGUAAGCAUAAAUUUUAAUAUCAGCAAAUAAUAGUUUUGUCUCAAAAUCAUUAAACAUAAAUUUUACCUAAUCUGACCAGGAAGACAUCAUGGCUGCUCUAGUACAGGCAUGUCAAACCCCACAAAAAAAGGAAAAGAAAUGCUGGCCUACUGGACACAAGUAUGGUGGACCCUGUCUCUGCAAAUGUAAAUUACGGUACAUCCAGCCAGAACGCCCUCAAUCUUUCAAGCCAAUUACUAGUUUCAAGCAGCCUGAUUGCAAAAUCAAUGAUGGAACAACCUACAAAAUGUCUUAUUACGGGUUUGAUCCAAAAGUUGUGAAGAACUGUCGAGGGCAGCCAGUGAUUGCUAAGGAAAAUUUAGUUUCAUCUGGUGACUUUAGCAGUGAUACGACACACAAGAUGAGCUACGGAGCAUGGCCAGGGUUCAAGCCUCCGACGACCAUUGUCCCGGCGGACCACAAGCUGAUAGGAGACGGUCCGUUGUCUCACCUCACAACUCACAAACACGACUACACACCUAAGCCUCUGCAAGAGGUGGAGCGAGUCAUCCACGAGGGCAACUUGGGCUUCUCACAGGAUCCAAUGGAGGACAAAACAACCAAUAACAUGUCCUAUCAGGUUCCGGACUACAAUAGAUUUGAGCCCGCCACUUCAUUCAAGCCUAACUCAAUCUUCAAUCCUCCAAGUUCAAAAAUGGAUGACAAAACAACACACAAAAUGAGUUUCCAGCCGUUUUGUCCCCCUGAAAAAGAGGAAUACCCGUGGGCUCAGAAGCCCAGGUACCAAGCUCCAAAGGUCAGAUUUGACGGCAGCACUAUCUACAAUGGAAGUUAUUUUGCUCCUGGCCAGUUCAUAGAGGAUUGUAUGGGACCAGAUGGGUGCUACUGCAUGUAUCCAGGGGAGUGUUUUGACAAGGCAGAAGAGCCUCCGAAGGCCCACGACUUUGACAUUUGUCCCUCAGGAUACAAUCCUCAGGUUUGCCAACCUAGACCGAUGCCUGUCAUCUGCGAAGAGUCUGCAAAUGGCUUCGGUAACAAAAGGUUUAAUGGCAACUAUGACCUAAGCAAGGAAUGCUGACAUGAUGGAUUUAAAUUAAAUAAUAAGUAACUGUGAUCUUAUUUAAAGUCUUGUGUGAGAAAAAAUAUAAAUUCAUGUAAAUUUA